GGUAAAGUAUUAUAUCGUCGUUUUUGCAUUGCUGGUCGACAUAGGGAGGCUGAACAAACUUUAAUAGCAAUACUGCGCGCUUGCCAUCACUGUCUUGUCUAUAGUACUGCAUGUUGGGUUAUAAUCGUUAUUGCAGGAAAGAACCCAUUAACUACGGGAGUCUGCGUGACCGUUGUAGCUGUCUCCAGCAAUGCUUUCCUCAUGUAUUCUAAAAUGGGUCAUCGAAAAUACUUUGAAGAUGUUGAUAUGUUCUGGAAUCAGUUUGAGGCCUCGAGCUCAGUUAUACGAGAUACCACUGAAGUCUUCAAAAAUUCCUUAUUAAGUAUCAAUUCCUCCAUCAAUAACAUGAAUAACACAAUGGUAUGGAACUGA